AAUCCAAAUACAAAACAUCAAGUUAACGCAACGUUUCUAAAAUUCGAAACCAAAAUUCAAAACGAGUAUAAACAUUUAUAACCAAACGUGGCCUGCAAAACGAAGCAACAACAACCCAGAAAUGUGAUUCAAAGUGCGCAAUGUAAGAAAAUACUUAAGCCAUUGUGUUUAAUUCUAAAUAAAACAAAAAACCAGCAAAUAAGAAGAAAAAAAAUUAAUAAAAAAUACAUGAAAUUCCCAAACAAAACAAAUCACAACAAAUCCAAUUCCAAAUAAAACAAAAAAAGGACGGGAGCGAGGGAAAAAGUGAAUCAAAAGCCAGGCAAAUGGCAAUCAUCUACGUAGAAGCGUUUGCGUCAAGUAGCGAACUAGCAGCCGUCGUCAAUGAUUAAAGAAAGGAUAGAUUGAUAGCACGUCAUCAUCGCCAUUGCCGUCGUCUAGCUUAUGCUCUAGUUAGUUUAGACACCCGCGCUAGGACGACACCCAAUGCCAAACACAAUUAGAGCACCAACAACAACAGCAACAACUAUAGAGUAGACAUCAGCCAAUAGCCAACAGUCUCAACAUACUUCUCGUAGUACCCAUACAGUGCAGCUGGAGACCCGGUCAACACCAUGGAUAUCAAGAUUGAGCAGCAACAGCAGCAGCAGCAGCAACAACAACAGCAACAGCAGCAGCAGCAGCAGCAACAAACAGAGCUGGGACCGCUCUCGCCCUCAGAGGUGCCCAAUGAUCCUGGCAAAAUGUUCAUUGGCGGCCUAAGCUGGCAAACCAGUCCCGAGAGCUUACGCGAUUACUUUGGACGUUAUGGUGAUAUCUCAGAGGCUAUGGUAAUGAAGGAUCCCACGACGCGCAGAUCCAGAGGCUUCGGCUUUGUCACAUUCAGCGAUCCAAAUAGCGUAGAUAAGGUACUAACCCAAGGCACACACGAACUAGAUGGCAAAAAGGUCGAUCCGAAAGUAGCUUUUCCGCGACGUGCACAUCCCAAGAUGGUGACGAGAACGAAGAAAAUCUUUGUGGGUGGCCUGUCGGCACCCACUACGCUGGAGGAUGUCAAAAGCUAUUUUGAACAGUUUGGUCCGAUCGAAGAUGCCAUGCUGAUGUUUGAUAAGCAGACCAAUCGGCACAGAGGUUUUGGCUUCGUUACAUUUCAAAGUGAGGAUGUGGUAGACAAAGUUUGUGAAAUUCAUUUCCAUGAGAUAAAUAACAAAAUGGUGGAGUGUAAGAAGGCGCAGCCCAAGGAGGUGAUGCUGCCGGCAAAUCUGGCCAAGACUCGUGCGGCCGGUCGUUCUGCUUACGAUAACAUCAUGUGGGGUCUGGGGACAUUGCCCGAAGGUUUUCCGGCUGCCGCUUAUGCUGCUUAUGCAGCUGGUCGCGGCUACUCGGGCUAUCCUAGCUUCGGGCUACCUUAUCCAACUGUUGAUCUAACCAAUGGGCAGCUGACACCGAACAACAAUACACCGCUGCUCACACAGGCGCUGUCAGUGAUGAACAACUAUCAGGCAGCUGCUGCGGCUGCUCACAGCUUCGGGCCCUCUGCCUCGCCACACGCUGCGGCUGCCAACACAGCCACACGGCAGGGCUUCCCCUCUACCAACUCGCCCGGACCAACCAUUGACAUGUACAGCUCGGCUGCAGCUGACAACGUUGGCUAUGUACAGGCCACUAGCCCGCAGCCGUCAGGAUUCCCGAUUGCCGUUAGCCGUGCACCUUUAAACUAUAGCCCGGGACCACUAAUUCCUGCGGCAUUUACAAAUGGAUACCAUUAAAAAGGUGGCGCCGACAACCGCAAUAAUAACAACAACAACAUAAACAUGAAAAGAAGAAGAACAACAGCAACAACAGCCACAACUGCAGCAGCAGCAGCAGCAACAGAAGCGACAACAACAAACAGACACGCAAAGCAAAUGAAAAGCUGCAACCACAAAAGCAACAGCAACAGCAACAACAAAAACAAUAUAAAAAAAAAUAAUAUAUAAAAUACAUAAUAAUGAGGAAAACUAUGUGCAUAUAUAAGUGCGAAUAUUUGCAUGCCUAUGUAUGUAUGUUGAUAUAUAGUAUAUACACGAUAUAAAUAUAUAUAUACAUAUAUUUAUAUACGCAAGGCAGUAUCCCAAAUGAAAUCCGUUAAGCAGUCAAACAAACCCAAUAAACCAAACACACAAACACAACAUAUUAUAAUUAAUUAUAAAUAUACUAAACACACAUAAAUAAAUAUAAAUGCA